AUGGCUCGCCGCGGGGAUACGCGCUCACCAUCACCUGUAGGCAGCACAUACUCUUCAUCCAAACGAAGUCGCAGAGAUGAGGAUCGAUUCGACAGAGAUGGACGCGACGAGGGAAGGCCGCACCGUCGAUCACGCAGUCCUGAUAGGCGAUAUCGAGAUCGGGAUGGCUAUCGGCGACGGGACAGGGAUCGAUCGGUAGACAGACGGGAUCGCAAUGGUUAUCGCGACGAGCACAAUUACAGACCAUCGAAACGGGACCGGUCGCGCGAACGCCGGCGCUCGCUAGACCGACGCUCCGAUCGGGACUAUCGGCGGAGGAGUAGGGAGCGAGAAAGAAGUCAUGAUAGGGACAAUCGGAGUAGGCGAGAUGACUCCCGCGACCGAGUCCGAAGGCACAGAGACGAUUCUACUGACUCGAGGAGAAAGGCCAGAAAAGACAGCAGAGACAGGUCGCUGAACCGAGACUCUGCUGCUGUAUCACGAGAGGCCUCCAAAGCCACGACUCCAGCCCCAGCCGCUCAGACGGACGAAGAGAAGAAAGCCGAGCGACUCGCAAAAUUGGAGGCGUGGAAACAAAAACAAGCCGCUGAACGCGAACGUAAGCAACGCGAGCUCGCUGCUGCAGGUGGGCCCCGCAGUAUUUUGACCGAAAUCGACAAGAAAUCGGGACUCUCCCCAUUGUCCCCUGCUCCUACUUCUCCUAGUACACCAACCUCGGUAACCGCAUCCUCCGAAUAUGGUGGGAAAUUCGAUCCCAAGGCGAUUGCAAAGAAAGCUACUGGUGUUACAUCACAGUCAUCUCUUUUGGGCAAGGACGUUAUUGUUCCUGAUUCUGAUAGAGCUGACGGCAUAAUCAAGGCUAACAAACUUCCAGUCGCGCCAGGCAAGGCUUCUGCUGCUCCCUUGAAAGCGAGCGGGAAUGUUGGUAAAUUCGGGUUUGGAAACAAACUUGCCGCCGAAACCGAGAAGUCUUCCGCGAAACGAACCCUAGACUUUGGCGAAGAGGAAUCCAAGCGUAAAAAGCUCGAGAAAUUACCUAGUCCCCCACCCGAGGAUACAGAAGACGCCACCAAGGAUAUCGUGGCCGAAGACGAUGAUUCCGAUGUUGACAUGGAAAAUGGGACAGAAGAAGAAAAUGUAGCCGCAGCACGAGCAGCCGCAGAGAAGCGGGAGGAGCGCCUACAAGCCCAACAGGUGGAGCCUAACGGCGAUAUAGCAAUGAGCGAUGCAGCUGCGGCCAACGAAGCCGCCGCAAAUGCCGAGGAAGAGGAAAUUGAUCCUUUGGAUGCCUUUAUGUCUGGUUUGACGGAAAAACCUUCAUUCAAGAAGCCUAGUAUUAUCAAGUCAGCUAAAAGCAAGCAGCAGCAACCGCAAGCUAUGUUCGGCGACGAAGAUGAUAUCGACAUGUCAGCUGUUGCUCAUGGUGAUACUGAUGACUUUCUUGCCAUAGCUGCCAACAAAGCUAAAAAGAAAAAGGACAUUCCUACCGUUGACCACGCAAAGGCAGAAUAUGAACCUUUCCGGAAAAGCUUCUAUACUGAACCUCUUGAUUUGGCUCAGAUGACAGAAGAAGAGGUAGCCAGUCUCCGACUUGAACUUGACGGUAUCAAAGUCCGUGGAGUUGAUCCCCCAAAGCCGAUCCUGAAAUGGUCUCAAUGUGGUCUCGGUGUGCAAACACUGGACGUCAUCAGUAAGCUUGGUUAUGAGCACCCAACCUCAAUUCAGAGCCAGGCUCUUCCUGCUAUCAUGUCAGGAAGAGAUGUCAUCGGUGUCGCUAAAACAGGUUCUGGAAAAACAGUCUCUUUCCUUCUGCCCAUGUUCCGUCAUAUCAAAGAUCAACGUCCUUUAGAGAAUAUGGAGGGCCCGAUUAGUCUUAUCAUGACGCCGACGAGAGAAUUGGCAACGCAAAUCCACAAAGACUGUAAACCUUUCUUGAAGGCGUUGAAUCUUCGCGCUGUAUGUGCUUACGGUGGCGCUCCCAUCAAAGACCAGAUCGCGGAAUUGAAACGAGGUGCUGAAAUAGUUGUUUGCACACCUGGCCGAAUGAUUGAUCUUCUAGCUGCUAAUGCUGGCCGAGUUACAAAUCUGCGACGAGUUACCUACGUCGUGCUUGAUGAAGCCGAUCGAAUGUUCGACAUGGGUUUCGAGCCACAGGUGAUGAAGAUCAUGACGAAUAUUAGGCCUAACAAGCAAACAGUGUUGUUCUCCGCUACUUUCCCACGUAACAUGGAAGCACUCGCACGGAAAACCUUGAUCAAGCCUGUGGAGAUUAUUGUAGGCGGCAGGAGUGUGGUUGCGCCCGAGAUCACACAAAUUGUUGAAGUUCGAAAUGAGAAUACCAAAUUCUUGCGCCUUCUAGAACUCCUUGGCAACCUUUAUUCCGACGAAGCAAAUGAAGAUGCUCGAACUCUAAUCUUCGUUGACCGCCAAGAAGCUGCUGACAGUCUACUUCGUGAGUUGAUGCGCAAGGGCUAUCCUUGCAUGUCUAUUCACGGUGGCAAGGACCAAAUUGACCGAGAUUCUACCAUUGAGGAUUUUAAGGCGGGAAUAUUCCCAGUUUUGAUUGCGACAUCUGUUGCUGCUCGUGGCUUGGAUGUUAAGCAGUUGAAGUUGGUUGUCAAUUAUGACGCACCAAAUCACUUGGAAGAUUACGUUCACCGAGCCGGACGUACAGGUCGUGCUGGAAACACCGGAACUGCAGUUACAUUCUUGACUGAGGAUCAAGAAAGAUAUUCCGUCGACAUUGCAAAGGCACUCAAACAAAGUGGCCAGGCAGUCCCAGAACCCGUCCAGAAAUUAGUCGACUCCUUCCUUGAAAAGGUCAAAGCCGGCAAAGAGAAAGCUUCAGCAUCUGGCUUUGGAGGCAAGGGAUUGGAACGCCUGGACCAGGAAAGAGACGCUGCCAGAAACCGUGAACGCAAGACAUAUCGUACCGGCGAAGAUGGCGAUGAGGAAGAACGGGAAGACGCGAAAGAGAAGAAGGGCGAAGAAAUAUUUGCCAAGGCUGCCUCCGCUAUUCAGUCUGCCUCUGCACCUACACCAGGUAUACCAAAGGGCAUUGAUUUGGAUGGCAAGAUUACGGUCCAUAAGACCGAGAAGCCAGCUGCUGGGAAAUCUAAUGAUCCCCUUGACAAGGUUGGUUCGGCUGUCGCGGAUAUCCACGCACGACUGAACCGUGCUGGAGUGAUGAGAAGCGGUGUUCCGAUUGAUAACAAAGGUCCUGAUGCGGGAGCAUUCCAUGCAACUUUGGAAAUUAACGACUUUCCUCAAAAAGCACGUUGGGCAGUCACCAACCGUACCAAUGUCGCCAAAAUCCUCGAGGCGACAGGUACCUCAAUCACAACCAAAGGCAACUAUUAUCCAUCAGGCAAGGAGCCUGGACCAGGCGAUAUCCCGAAGUUGUAUAUCCUUGUGGAAGGUGAUACAGAACUGGUCGUUACGAAUGCUAUGCGAGAAUUAAUGCGGUUGCUGAAAGAGGCUACAAUUGCGGCGGCGGAUAGUGAGGCUAGGGCACCAACUAGUGGACGAUACAAUGUUGUGUGA